AUGCCUGCCCCGGGCGAUCAACACCAGGAGUGGCCCAACCCUUUCGAGGAGGCCAAGCCGCGCAUAGCUGGAUGGUCAGCCAAGGAAAUCGCCACAAUCGCCUCGAGGCUUGACAAGCAGCUCGGCCCCGAGUACAUCUCUUCGCGCGCCGGUCCCGGCGGUUCACGGGUGCAUUAUCUCACUGCCGAAAAGGUCAUUGGCCUCGCCAACGAGGUUUUCGGCUUCAACGGGUGGUCGUCCUCGAUCCAAAACAUCCAAGUCGAUUUUGCCGACGAGAAUCCAACGUCGCAGCGCGUCAGCAUCGGGCUGUCUGUCAUCGUUCGGGUCACUCUUCGAGAUGGGACCUACCACGAGGAUGUCGGCUACGGCUCAAUAGAGAACGCCAAAGGGAAGGCGAUGGCCUUUGAAAAGGCGAAAAAGGAGGGGACCACAGAUGCUCUGAAACGAACCCUGAGGAACUUUGGCAACAUUCUGGGCAACUGCAUCUACGACCAGGACUACGUCAAGCAGGUUACCAAGAUUAAGGCCCAGACCAACAAGAAGUUUGAUCCGGAUAAUCUUCACCGACACUCAGAUUUUGCGAAGAAAGAUAUGAGCAAGGAUGUGACCAUGGCUGGCAACGUGAACAAUGCUGGUAGCAAUACCACAGCCAAUGCCGCCGUCACUGCUGCUGCGGCUGCUCCCACGUCCGCAGCGGGAGGGUUCAAGAUAGAACCAAUGGACUCAUUUGAUGACUUCUUGGGGGAACUUGACGAAGCUGAUUUCUGCGUGCCCGGAGAUGGCCAUCCCGAUGAAAUUAUGCUUCCCAGCGCGGCCAACCCACCCAACGACAAGCCUGCUGCUAACGAGUCAAGGCCGGGUCAGCCAGCAAAGCCUAUGCCGGGAAAUAACUUGAAUCGACCGCCGCAACCGCAGCCGCAGCCGUAUACUCCUCGACAAGGACAACCACCUCGACCGCAGAAUGCCCCUCAAGGCAAGGACUCUGUCAACCAAACGAUGGCUCCUCCUCCUCAGGCCCCUCCUCCGGGAGAGCCCGUGGCAUUCUUCUCGGCAAGAUCUACCAUGCCUGAUACAAACCAGGCCGGCAAUCCAAGCCAGCAGAAGCAGCUCUUCAACCCCAAGGCCGAAAGCCCUUCGAUACGAAAGACUCCAGGAAUCGAUCACACGUCAUCUAAGCCCGUUGCGAGGAACGGCCAGCAUGUCCCUCCGGCUAACAGCCAAGCAACGUCUACACCAAGUGGCAACACCGGCGGCUUCACAUCACUACGGCAGUCAAUCGGCAGCUCUCAAGCCAGGAGCAAUCCGAUGAAUCCAUCUCUAGACCAAGCUCGUAGAAUAGGAGCUCCGGGUGGUGGUCUGGGCAGUCCCCUUGCAAACCGGGGCCAAUACAAGCCUCCAACAAUGAAACGAACGCUACCGAGCGAAGCCAAUGCGGCUAAUGGGACGAGGUCGCCAUUGGCUGACAUUCCAACAAAUGCAGGCAACGGUAACGGCGAGGAUGGGCUGGACGCAAAGAGGCAGAAAGUGGCAUGA